AUGGACACACUUGUUGCCCAGCUCGCUCCCUCGCGCCGCGGCGACGAGGGCUCCUCGUCGACGGCCGAGUGGGCCAACAACGGCUACGGUAACCUCGAUGCCAGCGGCGCCGUUGCUGGCAUGGACGUCCCCGGCGUUCCCGACCCCCUCGCGUUCCUUUCGAUGCACACCGACUCGAUGAGUACCAACCCUCAGGCAAAGAUCAAGCUUGCCCACGGUACCACCACGCUCGCGUUCCGCUUCAAGGGCGGUAUCAUUGUCGCGGUCGACUCGCGUGCCACUGCCGGCAGCUACAUUGCGUCUGGAACCGUCAAGAAGGUCAUCGAGAUCAACCCCUACCUCCUCGGCACAAUGGCCGGUGGUGCCGCAGACUGCCAGUACUGGGAGACCUACCUCGGCAUGCAGUGCCGCCUGCACGAGCUCCGCAACAAGGAGCGUAUCUCGGUUGCUGCCGCAUCCAAGAUCCUCUCCAACCUCGUGUACCAGUACAAGGGCAUGGGUUUGAGCAUGGGUACCAUGAUCUGUGGUUGGGACAAGACUGGACCCGCCCUCUUCUACGUCGACUCGGAUGGCCAGCGUCUCAAGGGCGACCUCUUCUCUGUCGGCUCGGGUAGCACGUUCGCGUACGGUGUUCUGGACCAGGGCUACAAGUGGGACCUCUCAGACGAGGAGGCGCAGGAGCUCGGUCGCCGCUCGAUCGUGGCUGCCGGUCACCGUGAUGCCUACUCGGGUAACACCGUCAACCUGUUCCACGUGCGCGAGAACGGUUGGGAGUUCAUUAAGAACUACGACCUGUCCGAGCUGUGGUACGAGUACGAGGAGAAGAAGAAGGCAGACUUGGCUGCGGCUUCGGCCGCGGCGGCUGGCGGUGUUCCCAUCGAUGUGGAGUAG